CGCUCCACAGUCCAGAACAGUGUUAACAUGAUAAUAAUCGAUGUAAAGCGUAGAGCUUGCCUACUGUAUGAAUCGCUGUAUGAAUAGCUUUUCAGAAUAAGCUUAUAAUUAUUGGUUUUCGUUCAAUAAUUGAGGUUUUCCGGCGAAGGAAGUGCGCGGGUAUUUUGUUCCCUCUCGCCCCACGUGUAGAGCCGUCAAGAUCGGGAAAAACCGGAAAGAAGUUUUCAUUGGAUUGCUGUCACGUUAUUUACUGAACCAACUAGCGAGCUGAAGUUGUUGUUUCUUCGAUAUUUAUAACUGGAGAUGUUUUGAAACGGAACUGAUCCUGAUCGAUAAAAAUGGAAUUGACAGGAAAUGCCAACCCCCGAGCAUUUUCUCCCUGUGAGUUAGCUGACUGACGAAUCACGUUGCCAACCGCGGGAAGUCGUAAAUCGUGGAAGGAGGACGAGACACGUUUGCUUCAACUUACGCGCGUUUUUCUGUGGAUUUUUUUUGCAUCCUAUAACAAUGAUGAAUGGAAAUUUGGGUCAUUCUUCGGAGCUCCACAUUUUGGAGCACAAGCUUCGUGUUUCCAACAUAAAGAAAGAUGCAAUUUCUUUAUACACUCACGCGCUAAUAAAAAUUUCAUUGCUACCCCGAUCACGACCUAAGUUUUUCAGUUUUACGGAGACCAGAGACGGUUACACUAUAAUUGUGGAGGAAGAACUUUGUAAAGAGCUUCCACAAAGUGAGAGCAUUGACAUGCCUGACCUUAUUUGGCGAGUCUUGACAGUGUCUGCUGGAGCCUAUGGAAGCCAUCAGCUUACCGGCAUCAGUAGAAUUGUUAAAACAGUCAUCUCUCCCUUAGCGGAUUUUAAAAUCUCAGUUCUGGUCAUUUCCACUUAUCAGUCAGACUAUGUCCUGGUGAGAGAGAAAGAUCUUGAAACUGCCAUUAUGUGUCUUUCUGAAAACUAUAAAAUAUUUAAAGACAGCGGAUCAGGACUGGAACGCGUGACGCUUUCUAUUGCCGAUAGAAUGGUUGGAAUGAACCAAAUGAGUAAAAGAAAAGCAGAUGAACACAGACCAAUUAUUCACCCAUUCACAUGUCCAAUGAACAGAUUUCAUGUGACCAGUCUAGAUUUCCAAAUGCUGCCAAGCCUCACUACCACCAUACUUGAACUGAUGUUCUAUUCCGAAACACCAGUUGAUGGACGAUAUGAACCUUUCUUCCACAUCUCAAUAGUUGAAGGAGACAUUUCCCUAGUUUUAGACAGUGAGGCUUUGUCAAGAUUUCCUGAAGGUUCACUCUACACCAACACCAAUGACGAGGGGUGGAAAAUGAUUCGUGUUGGAGAUGACCCCCUAGGAUUUGAGGAGAGUGGUAUAGUUGCUCAGUUAUCUGAACCACUAACUGACGCUUCAUGUAGCACUUUUUACAUCUGCUCUUUCCUUUACGAUCAUCUUUUGGUAUGUACUUUUAAUUGCUCAUUAAUCUUUCCUUUAAUUACUAAAGUAUUUAUUUGAUGAAUUAUUAUUCUUAUCUGCAUCAUGGCUAAUAGUAUAGAAUCCACUAAUAUCAAAAAAAGUUUGAUUUUCAUCACCAUCACCACUGUUAAUAUUAUUUGUUCAGGGAGUGUUUGCAAGUUGGACUUGCAUGUUGAUUAUUUUUCUGUCCUCUCUGGUCACUGGAAAAAAUUUUAUCGAGUAGUAAAAAAGGUUAUUGGGAAUUAUAACCCACCCACUAAUUUUGGCGUGAUUUUAUUGGUUACUUUACGUCACGUGGUGCAAAAUCGCAGGACAGUUAUCAUGCAAUAACCCCCGUUCACGUCAAUAUUUGUCCUUCGAUUUUUUCUGUGAAAAAGAAACGUAGUCAACACAAAAGUUUCAACUUUUCCAUUCUCCUAUAUACAUAGAAGGAAACCAAACUUUUUUUUUUUGC